GAUGCUGCAGCGUGGCACCUUACCAGCAUGGGAGUUGCUGGGCAAGGUGACUUGGAUGAUUUCGCGGUUGCCAAAGCGGCGCCGUCUUUGUGGUCUCCAGCCGCGGCACCCGCUGUGCCAAGCACGGCACAAGACGACCCCAGAUCGAGCCAGUUCGAGCUCUUGUUCUGUGGCGGGAAUCGGCCAGCGGAUACGUGCAAGCCUCAGCGGGCUAAGUGCCGUCUUUGGCGCCUCCCCGAGCAAGAGGAAAAUUGGGAAACAGCGGCCCUCGCACUUGCCAGCGGGGGCUGUUGUCCCUGCCACAGCCUCAACACUCCCAGCAGCUAAAAAGCUGCCGCCAGAUUGCACACCUCCGCAUGAGAAGCCUUGUGCUCCCAAGAAAUCAGGAGAUGCUCCGGCCACGGAGGUGCCGCCCGCCAAGGCUCGUCCAAUCAAGCCGCGGCACCGCAAGGUCGGCAAGCAGCGGCCUUCGUACUUGGCGCCCGUGGGCGACAUCAUGAGACUCCCCAGACCACUGGGAGCAAGCUCAAAUCCUGCAGCUGAAGCUCCCAGAGAAGCCGUGCCAGCUAGCGGAAAGGAGGCGGCCUCAGCGGAAGCACAACAGAAAGCCGGCAAUCAGAUGGACUUUCCUAGUCCCGACACUGCACCUGCAGCUUCUCAGUCCAAGAAGAAAGACCAAAUGUGGGGUGACCAGCAAGCUGAAGCACGGCCGGUACGGCCUUCUGAGCGCAAAUUGCCUCAGGCCCAAGAAGCCCCAGCCCGCUCGGCGGACACCCGCAGCUCGGCGAAGUCACAAGCAUCCGUUGAAAGAAAACGGUCCGCCCCUCCAGUUGCUGAGGAGCGACCGACAAAAGCACUUGAGAUGCCACAGCCUAAGAGAGGCUGCAGCUCCCUAGCGGCCAAACAGCACCGUAUGAUUAAGCAUCAUCGUCCCAUUACAAAGAGGGUUCAGCUCGAGCAGCCCAAGCUGGAGGAGGACAAUUACGAAAUAUCAGACCUGGAGGAAGACAUGCACGGCAAUCGCGUUGAACCCGAUCGUACCAAGAAGCGCGUUCCGCAAUGGUGUGCAAAUUAUGUCAAAAUUGCAGAGACGCAGGCAGAAGUCGAUCCUGAUAGCAUCUUCGGGAUGUCGAAAGCUGAGCUGCCCUUGCCGCCAGUGAUGACUUUCAGUGCGGGAUCCAGUCCAGCAAAACCUGCCAGCAGUGACCAAUGA